AUGUCGCCACCACAGUCCGCCGGUGGUAUUUUGCCUACCUCCCGAAGGAAGCAGAUUCCCGGUACUCUCGUACUGAACUGGCAAUCGCCCGAGACACAGGCUUCAAAACCGCUCAUUCGUCGUCCCAUGACGGCAUGUGAGGCAUGUCGCGCGGCCAAGGUAAAGUGUAACGGACAGCGAAGCUGUGAGCGAUGCACCAGCCGCGGCCUUCAUUGCACAUACACUCCGUCACCGAAUACGCAGGAUAUAAAUGCGAGUGGCAAUCUUGGAGCCGAAACAGUGACUCUGACUUCUCCGCCAAAUAGCCAGUCGUCCUGUACACCUAGUAUACAGAUGCUGCCGAGCCAAACGACGCCAGAUCCGAUACCGGUCAGCUUACCAGAUGAUAUCUUUCCCCUACCCAGCUGCAGCGCAAGCGCUGUUCAGUCCGUACCGACAGACAAUGCUCUAGAGCACUGGCGCGAGGAAACAUUCAACCAGGGACUCGAGCAGUUUGACUGGGUUUUCCCAGAAGCAGACAUCGGCCCUGAGGUAAGCCUGCCCACCACGUCAAUUCUCAGGCCACGAUUAGUAACAGGAUCUUCCCAGCCCUCUCAGAACCCAAGCCAAAGCGACUUCAACAACUUUUUCCCGCACCCCCCAGAACCAAUCCCUCGGACAGUCAGUAGAGGCUCAGCACCACUAUCUGAUCCCCCCGUCAUAUCACCGCGCAGCCAGCAUCAGUCACGGAACUGCCAAUGCCGAGCAAACAUGAUGCACCACGUCCCCAAAAUCGAGUGCGCAAUACAAGAGAAGCCCAAACCGCAACUAGACAAGAUGUUCAAAGUGACCGGCGACGUAAUUAGGAGCUGUCAAGAGUCGACCCGCUGCGGCUGUUACGUGGGCCCCGUAGACCUCGUCUGCAUUAUGAGCGUAUUUGAGCAGACAGCCGUGUGCUUUGACUACAUUGCCAAGUCCGGUUUCGAUGGUACUGCGAAGGUCGGAAUUGGCAAUUACUGCGUCUCGCUCAAUGAUGACGCUUCGUUGAAACGUAUGCUUGUCUUGGAUCUUGUCCGACAGGCUGAUACGCUGUUGGACUCGGUGAGCGUCCUCGCGCAGAAUAUGUUCGUGUCUUUGAAUGAGCCUAGUGCCAAAAGCUUGAAUCGUUCACCGGCUUGCUUGAACCAACUUAAUCUAGAUUAUGUACGCGAGGCGACGGCGAGUUUUAAGAAGCUUUUCCGUUUGAUCACGGAGUACUUUGAGGGAUUUAAGGUCGUAGGGCAAAAGGAGUUUGGAGUUCUCUUUCUCUUAGCUUUCCUAAUCGAGACCGCUACGAACCAUCCUGGUACCAGCCCACACUACCCCGACUACCAGAAACCGCCCGCCAAAUCUUCCGAGACUACUCGCAUAUCCCCGAAGACAACAUCCUCGAACACAUCUACCGAGUCCGUAACAAAGCAUGGGACGUUUGAAACCCCGUCUAAUAACUCCCCCAGUCUCCCAUACCCCUGCAUUGGAGUCUUCCGCUUCCUCGACUUCGGCGCAAACCUCUCCCCAAUCUACCCAGAGGUAAUUCAACGGCUUCGCGCCGGCCAAACCUUCCUAGACCUAGGCUGCUGCUUCGGACAAGACAUCCGCAAACUCGUGCACGACGGCGUACCAUCCGAGAACAUCAUCGGCGCGGAUACAGAAGGCCGGUUCAUGGACCUGGGCUACGAGCUCUUCCGGGAUAAAGACACGCUUAAGGCGCGGUUCUACGCGGCUAGCGUGUUCGACGAGGAAUUUCUCUCUGAGUGGCAUGGUAAGAUCGAUAUCAUCUACGUCGGGGCGUUUCUGCAUCUGUUUGAUAUCGAGAAGCAGGCGCUUGUGGUGGCGCGGUUGGUGGAGUUGUUGAGGAGACGGCCGGGGUCGAUUGUGUUUGGGAGGAAUCUGGGGGCGGAGCGGGGUGGGGCGUUUCGCAUGAAGACGCUUGGUUGGGAUGUUUUUCGGCAUAGUCGGGAGACGAUGAGGUUGUUGUGGGAGGGUGCGCCGGAGGGGGAUUGGCGGGUGGAUGCUGAGUUGAUGGAGUAUCGGUCGGAGGGGUGGGAUGAUAGUCGGAGGGGGUGGGUGGGGGAUGAGACUAAGGAGAUGAGGUUUGUUGUUAGGAGGUUGUAG